CACUGCUAUUGUCCAGUGUGCCCUGAUAUUCCAAUUGUUUCAGAAUGCAAGGGAGAUCACGAUAGCACGAUGGAUCCUCAUCGUAUCCCAUCUCAUCCCGAAAAUUACGCAGACUUACAUCUACAGCUGGUCGGGAUCCUGUCUAAUUGCACAGGUGACAAGAUAUUUAUUCGAAUAAUUACUGUGGAAUGCGAUAUGAAUCACUUGGCAUCAUCACAGAGCGACGAGUAUCGCGAGGCUAUCUAUCAAGUUGAUUGGUUUUCCAAGAAAAGUGUGAUGACUUCUGUCAUCAUUAUGCUCAGUCAAAAACCACUCAAGCUCACUGCCUGCAAAUUUUUUGUCGUAUCCGUGGAGAUGUUCGUUAUGAUUCUUCAGACGACUAUCUCCUACUUUUUCCUGCUGAAGACCUUGGACGAAUCGAAAUAAUCCCCAACAGUUCCGGAACCCACUGCGUGAUGGUUAAAUUGAUUCGCUAAACAUAAUUAC